AUGGCCGAUCCAUGGGAAGAAUUUGCUGGAAAUUACCCAAUCCAUGAAGAAUCCUACGCAUUGACAAACAUCAUCAAGGAAAACGACAUCAAACAUUUCAGUGAUUACGACAUCGAAGAAGCUAAUCGGAUCUUCUCAAGCGUGAUAAAAGCCUCAGCUGGGGAAGUUCCUUUCGAUGGCCAGGUCCAAGAAAUGUUCAUCCCAUCUCCCGAAGUCGCCAACGGAAUUCCUGUUUCCAUCUACAAACCCAGCAACUGUGUACAAACACCGGCCAUUUUGAUCUACUUGCAUGGAGGUGGGCUGAUUUUGUUUGACCGGAAGUGUUUUGAGCCCACCCUGCAACUGAUUGCAAUGGAAGCUGGUUGUAUCGUGGUAAACGUGGAGUACCGGCUGCUGCCAAACCAGGUCAACGGUCAUGCUCCCUUCGAUGACGCUAAGGUGGUUGCCAGCUGGGUUCUGGAAAAUAAACAGAAAGUUGGUGGAAGUCCUGAAAGCAAAGUUGGUAUAGGAGGCGAUAGUGCCGGUGGCCAGAUAUCUGCUAGCGUUGCCAACGAUCUUCAUGGAUUAGAUUUUCAAAUCUUGAUUUAUCCAAAUGUCGAUACUGGACCUACACAGCCAUCGGUAGACGAGUUCGCCAACGUUCCGCUGCUAUCCAAAGCUGACAUCCAGUGGUUUAUCAGACACAUGGCCAAGGCGCUACCUGACCACUUGACCGAUCCACGGGUCAAUGUAGUCACCAGGACUGACCUCACAUCGGCCCCUUCUGCUCUGGUACUCUUGGCCCAGCUGGACACCAUCAGAGACAGCGGGAUGAUGUACGCAGAGAAGCUGCGAGCUGCUGGAGUGAAGGUCCGAAUUGUUGUCAUCGAAGGGGUGCCCCAUUGCUUCUUCAUGUGUCCAGGUGUGUUCAAGACCAAGUGCCAGGAAGCCUACGGGCACAUCGCCAAUUUUAUCAAGGACUUUCAGUGA